CUGAGAGAGAGAGAGACAGACAGACAGACAGACAGACAGACAGAGGGAGAGACACAGAGAAAGAGAGAGACAGACAGGAAGAUAGAUAGAAAGACAAAAGAGGGAGAGAGAAAAAGGUGUGCGAGAUACAAAUGCGGCUAAAAGAUCCCUUCUCCUUAAAAACGUCCGAGAUGACGAAGCGGUCCAACAAGCCGAAGAAACCUCGGGAAGAGGACUCGUCAGACGAGGUUAGCGGACUAACGUGUCAGCAUGUGAGUAAAGCGGUGGAGUUGAACUCGGUGAAGAAAGCAGUGACGGGAAGUUUGUGGUCUGUUUGCUCCGACUGCAUGAGGGAGAGAGACGUGUUCGAGUCGGAGCAGGCCGGAGCUCACGACAUCCUGGUGUGUCUCAAGUGUGGCUUCCAGGGAUGUGGUCAGUCAGAGAGGCAGCACUCAGUGAAACACCAGCAGGCUCAUCACUCAGACUCUCACUGCAUCAACAUCAGCCUCAGCACCUGGAAGGCCUGGUGUUUUGAGUGUAAUGAGGAGCUCUCCACACACUGCAAUAAAAAAGCUCUGGCUCAAACACUCGACUUCCUCCAGAAACACUCGGCCAAGUCAGCGUCAGGAUCAACAUCAAAAAUCAUCAAACUGAUCGAGGAGCCUGUGGAGUACUCGGAGGCGGUGAGAGGGAAGAGUCCGGUGAGCAGCACUUUAAUUCCCGUUAAAGGAAUCGUAAAUCUCGGAAACACGUGCUUCUUCAACGCUGUCAUGCAGAAUCUGUCUCAGACACACAUGCUUAAUGACCUCAUACAGGAAGUGAAGGAAAAAGGACACAAGAUGAAGAUCUGCCCCCCUCCUGAGACCAACUUGGGCCCGUUGACCAUCACUCUGGCCAGUCCGGAGCCGCUCACAUCCGCCAUGAUGAUGUUCCUGUACAGUAUGAAGGAGUCGGGGAAAGGACCUGUAUCUCCCAAAAUCCUCUUUACUCAGCUCUGUCAGAAGGCGCCUCGUUUUAAGGGUUAUCAGCAGCAGGACAGUCAGGAGCUUCUACACUACCUGUUGGACUCGGUCAGGAUGGAGGAAAACAAGCGAAUCAAAGCGGCCAUCCUGAAAGCGUUUAAUAAUCCCACUGAGAAAACGGCUGACGAGGAGACUAAACGCCAAGUCAAAGCGUACGGUAAAGAGGGCGUGAAGAUGAACUUUGUUGAUCGCAUCUUUGUUGGCGAGUUGACGAACACCAUUAUGUGUGAAGAGUGUGAACAUAUUUCUACAGUGAAGGAGGCUUUUAUUGACAUCUCUCUGCCCAUCAUCGAGGAGAGAAUCUCCAAACCUUCGAACCCGGGCAGGCUGAGUAAACCGGGCCGAGACCAGGAGUCCCCGAGCGGCCACGCCGACGAGCCGUCGCACCUCGGCCGGAACGGGAAGAAGCCGAGCGCCCAGAAGCUGCAGGGUCGAAGGUCCUCCACCUGUCAUGACACCAGAGGAACGGACGAAUCGGCAUCCACACUACGAGAAGACGCCACAUGUUGGACUGGGCACCGUUGCCAUGGCGACACGGCAGGCAGCCAAUCGGACGCCAGCGAUAAAGAUUCGUCCCCUCAGGACAGCAGCAACGACGCGGACAGCGAGGCGUCAGAGUCCGAGUGCUCACUGCAAAUCCCCAGUUCCUCCAAUAAAGCCUCGGCUUUGUCGUCCUGUGUGAACCCCGCCCCGUCUGCACCAAGCCCCGCCCCUUUUGUCCGGGAGCAGACAGGAAGUGCAGUCGAACAGCUAGUGAGCGCGGUGUCUAAAUUAGGGUUAGUGCACACACCGCUAGAUGGUCUUUCACUCAGCCACGGCGUAGAGGAGAGAGACAGGGAGCGAGAGAGAGACAGGGAGCGAGAGAGAGACAGGGAGAGAGAGAGAGACAGGGAGAGAGAGCACCAGGGGGCGUUCCAGGCGCUGUCACACAGCUACACACCGGCGUCUAAAGAGUGUUCGGUGCAGUCCUGCCUCCAUCAGUUCACCUCCAUCGAGCUGCUGAUGGGAAACAACAAGCUGCUGUGUGAGAACUGUACAGAGAGACGCCACAAACAACACAGGAGGAGUGGAGAUAAGAAAGCGGAGAAGGUGUACACGAGCGCCCGCAAGCAGAUGCUGAUCUCGGAGCUGCCACCAGUCGUCACGCUGCACCUUAAACGCUUCCACCAGGCCGGGAUGAAUUUACGGAAGGUGAAUCGUCAUGUUGAUUUCCCGCUCGUGCUGGAUUUAGCUCCGUUUUGCUCCGCCUCCUGCAAGAACCUGGGUUCUGGAGAGCGGGUUCUCUACAGUCUGUAUGGUAUUGUGGAACACAGUGGCUCGAUGCGCGGAGGUCAUUACACAGCGUACGUCAAAGUCCGAACACCACAACGCAAGUGUGAACAGCACAGGAGUCAAUCUGGGUGUAGAGAGGCCGUGUCGGCUCCCCCGGGUCAGUGGGUGUACGUGAGCGACACCAGCGUUCAGACGGUUCCUGAAUCUCGAGUACUGAACUCUCAGGCCUACCUGCUGUUCUAUGAGGAGCUUCUCUAGGGGGCGCCAUUACUUACAUACUCUUCAGUUCUGACAUCACUGAUGUUCUCUUACGGAUGCAAGUGCGAGAUCAAUCAGCUAUUAUAACACACACACACACACACACACACACACACACACACUACCUGCAGUUUGAGAAAAGCCUGAUAUGAAUUACACUUAUUAAUAUUAAAUCUAUUAUUAUUAAGAAUUCAUCUUGCUGAGGGUGGUAGCGGGCCGUUAGCGAGACGCUGUAAUGAGUAGAAAAUAUUGUAAAAUGUAGAAUUAUUUAUAUUUUGCAGAUAUUGUUUGUUUGUCAUCACAUUUUGCCUGUUGAAGAAAUAUUUCAUAUCUUGGAUGACGUACAGCACCAAAGACCAUAGAACACUUCAGAGGACGGAACCGAGGUUCCUCUCAGCUGUGUGCUGUUAGAGAACUUCAGUAUGAACAUCAGCGUCGUGACACAUCGCCGUAUUCAGCACACACUGUAUCAUCAUCAUCAAAAUACUUAUUCCACGAGGAACUCUGAUAAACAGUCUGAAUAAACACACACACCUUUUAUUUCACACUCCAGGGGAAAUAAAAAUCUCAUCCUGUG